AUCCAAACCCGACGUAGUUGGCUCGGUUGUGUGUACAUCACACCGACUGGGCACGACUGUUCAUUCACACGUGGUUUGUGUGGCUAUUGAGUAUCAGCGAGCUAACAGUACAGUUACUUUAUUCAGUUAAGAGGAUUUAAGUAGAAUUUUGAUUUGAAGCAGUGUUAAAAAUUAAAAAAAAAUUGGAUCAGUUGGUUCUCGUUAUCGAGUUUAUUGAACAUAAUAUAAAAGAUAGACGAGACUUUCAAUUAUUGAAGUUACAUGAUGGCAGCCCAACGAACCGUAUUCGUUUUGAACAUUGAUAAAGGAAGCGAUUCAGAAGGUCUCUUUGAAUCGAUGUACGAUCCGCUGAUGAAGGAAUUCAAAAAAAAUCCUUUGCUAAGUGUGACAACCAUUGAUUCGGUCACCACUUUUCAAACGAAAAUUUCUGGAAGCAAUUGGAAGGAAUCGGUACUGCUAUGCGUUAACGAAUUUAUCACAAAGAAACCGAGCUUACACCAAAUUAUCAAAGAAUUUGCAAUGGGUGGUGGCCUCGUAAUAUUUGGAUGUCUAUUUUCGUCCUUUACCACACCUGUAGAUAUCGAUGCUAUGUUUGAGAACCUCGGUGUCCCAUGGAAAAAUGCCGAUUAUUAUCGAACAACAUUCGGAAUAACGGAAAUGGGCAAAAUGUUGUUGCAUGGUCUGGAUGUUGAAGAAACAUACUCGGCUAAAGCGUUACAAUUAUCGCAGGUUCUGCCGGAGCAAAUGCUUUAUAAACCAGUCGAAAAUGCCAAAACUCAAUCUUUGGUGUUUGCUCAAGCACCAGCUAAUCCUAAUUUGGCGCUAGCUGCAUUUAUGAAGAUUGGUAGUGGAGCCAUUGCAUACAUAGGCGAUGUCAACGCGGAGAGAGGAAGCGAUCGAUUAACUGUAGCACUUUGCUUGGCGAAGUGGUGAAAACUUUUGCAGAAAGUUUUAUUAUUGGCUUCAGUUUACUAUUGAAUUACAAUUUGAAGUAAAAUAAAAGAUUUCUAUUGACGAA